AUAUAUACUGACGAUUUGGGCUCGCUUUUAGAUCUUGUUCAGGACCUUUACCUCAAGGAGCUCAAGGCCUACAAGGCCCCACCCGCCGCAAAAGAUGCCCAUGUUGGUGUCGUGAAGGCCUACAGCGCCCCUGCUGCACCUAAGCCUCCAACUCUCCCCACCGAUAUUGCUUCUGAACUAUCCGCCUACGAUGCGGCAGAGCCAACGCGCGCGGCUGUUGAAUCGAUCCCCGUUGCCGCUGGACAGAGUGGUGCCGGUGCGGAAGCAUACCUCGCAUUCCUUGAGGCUGAUGAGAAGGAAGAGGUACAUCACUGA